GAGUGGAAUCGAACCCAGGUUAGCCUGGCAGCCAACCCAGCACCCUGUCUCCAUCUCCAGUCCCUGCUGCGGAAGCUCUGCCCAUGCCCCUUCCCGAAGCUCGGGAGCCUGGAGUGGACACGCGGGUUGAGCAGCCGGAGGCCCCAGACUCCACUCGGCAGAAGUCCUGGCUGGCGCUGUAUCUGUCACUGCUACUGCGGCGGGACCGGCUGGCCCAGAAAGCCGGACAGCUCUUCUCGGGGCUCCUGGCCCUCAACGUGCUGUUCCUGGGCGGGGCCUUCAUCUGCAGCAUGAUCUUCAACAGUGUGGCCGUCACGCUGGGUGACGUGUGGAUCCUGCUGGCAGCCCUCAAGGCCCUCUCCCUGCUCUGGCUACUCUAUUACACAGUGGGCACCACCCGCCGGCCUCACGCCGUGCUCUACCGGGACCCUCAUGCUGGCCCCAUCUGGGUACGGGGCUCCCUGGUGCUGUUCGGCAGCUGUACCGUCUGCCUCAACGUCUUCCAAGUGGGCUACUACGUGAGCCACAGCCACUGCAAAUCACAGCUGGAGGUCAUCUUCCCCGUGAUCGAGAUCGUCUUCAUGGGCAUGCAGACCUGGGUGCUCUGGAAACAUUGCAAGGACUGUGUUCAGGUGCAGACCAACUUCACCAGGUGUGGCCUGAUGCUGACCCUGGCCACCAACCUGCUGCUGUGGAUUCUGGCUGUGACCAACGACUCCAUGCACCGCGAGAUUGAGGCCGAGCUCAACGCCCUCAUGGAAGAACACACAGGCAACCAGACGAGCGUCUGUCUCUGUGUGAACGCCACGGUGUGCGAGGUCUUCCGGAAGGGCUACCUGAUGCUGUACCCCUUCGGCACCGAGUGCUGCCUCAUCUGCUGCGCCGUGCUCUACGUCAUGUGGAAGAACGUAGGCCGCCGCCUGGCGCCCCACCCCGGCGCCCACCCCGGCUCCCCGUCCUUCCGCCUGCACGGGGCCAUCUUCGGGCCGCUGCUGGGCCUGCUGGCCCUGGUGGCGGGAGUAAGCAUCUUCGUGGUCUUCCAGAUCGAGGCCAGCGGCCCCGCCAUGGCCCGCCAAUACUUCACCCUCUAUUACGCCUACUACGCGGCCGUGCUGCCCGCCAUGAGCCUGGCGUGCCUGGCGGGCACGGCCAUCCACGGGCUGGAGCAGCGGGAGCUGGACACGCUCAAGAACCCCACGCGCAGCCUGGACGUGGUGCUGCUGAUGGGCGCCGCGCUGGGCCAGAUGGGCAUCUCCUACUUCUCCAUUGUGGCCAUCGUGGCCACGGACCCCCACCAGCUGCUCAACCGGCUCAUCCUGGCCUACUCGCUGCUGCUCAUCCUGCAGCACAUCGCCCAGAACCUCUUCAUCAUCGAGGGCCUGCACCGGCGCCCCAUCUGGGAGGCGGCUCCCACGGGCCUGGCUGCGAAGCAGGGGGCAGAGCCCCCCCGGAGGGGCUCCCUGCUGUCGCUGAGCCAGGACCUGCACCGGGCCUCGCUGGCCUACAUCCACUCCUACAGCCACCUCAACUGGAAGCGGCGGGCGCUCAAAGAGAUCUCCCUCUUUCUCAUCCUGUGCAAUAUCACGCUGUGGGUGAUGCCGGCAUUUGGUGUCCACCCCGAGUUCGAGAAUGGGCUGGAAAAAGAUUUCUAUGGCUACCGGACCUGGUUCACCAUCGUCAACUUGGGCCUGCCCCUGGGGGUCUUCUACCGGAUGCACUCUGUGGGGGGGCUGGUGGAGGUCUACCUGGGAGCCUGAGGCAGCAGAACCCCGAGGUGUCAAGGCCGGUGUCAAGGCCGGCAGGGGCUCGGUGCUGGGGGAAGGCAGCACAGACGUUCCAUUCCAACAGCUGCCGAGACCAGCCCCGGGCUCCAGCACCUCCUCCCACUCCCCCGAGGGGCGGGCACUGCCUACAGCCCAGUCUGGGGACUGGACGCAGGAUCUGAUGCCCACGUGCAGGCCUGGCCCCUGCCUUAUCCACCAGGGGAACACCCCAGGAGGCUAGCAGCAUCCCCGCCCCAGCUCCCCUCUUAGGGCACCAGGAGCAAAUGCCUGAGACUGGGGAGUUUGGAGAGGGGCGCUUCUCCCUGCCAGCUGGACUCAGGGGUCAGCCUCUGGCAGGCAGCUCCUCCCAGCUCAGUUCAGCAGGCAGCCCUGCCCCCCCCCCCACACCUGUCUCCUAACGACCUCAUUAAUUAGCUGCCAGGCAGGGUUCAACAGCUCUCCCCUGCUGCCAUAAACCCUGUUUGUUUGAUCAAUUACAUUCAGGCUUCCUGUUUGUUCCCAGGGACAGAACUGCCACUCUGAGCCUGGUGGGAAGGAGAAGUCCCCCUGGGCAGGGCUGUGGGGCUGGGACAGCCGUGGUCCUCGGCCAGGAGGGGUCUACCCCAGCCCUGUCCUUGCCCAGUGCAUGGGAGGAAGUGGGAGAGAUGGGGCUUGGCUGUCCCCCACCCGACCCACGCUGGCCCCCUCUCCCUAGGACAGAGCCCCAUGAACAUCUGCAGCUGGCUCCCUAUGGG